GAUGCCUUUUCACCAUGUGAGAGCAGGGCUGCUGUACACAGACAACUUCCUGGCCCACUCGCUCUCUGAGAUCAGUGACGAACAGUUAGCACAUAUCUCCUCCGAAGAGCUCGAUGAGAUUCGGGAGGCGUUCCAGGUACUGGACAGGGAUGGAAAUGGAUUCAUCUCAAAACAGGAGCUGGGUGUGGCAAUGCGUUCACUGGGCUACAUGCCCAGCGAAGUGGAGCUGGCCAUCAUUAUGCAACGCCUGGACAUGGAUGGUGAUGGACAGGUGGAUUUUGAUGAGUUUGUGACGAUACUUGGACCGAAGCUGCUCUCGUCUGACACCAGAGAAGGCUUCCUCGGCAGCACUAUAGACAGUAUCUUCUGGCAGUUUGACAUGCAGCAGAUGUCUCUGGAGGAGCUGAAACAAGUCCUGUUCCAUGCCUUUCGGGACCAUCUGACAAUGAAGGACAUUGAAAGCAUCAUUGUCAAUGAGGAGGAGAGCCUGAAGGACAACUCAGGAAAUUGCCAGACUGUAUUUGAGGGAGUGCAUUCUAAAGGGAAGAAUCGGCAGACGUGCGUCCGCAAGAGUCUCAUCUGUGCUUUCGCAAUAGCCUUCAUCAUCAGCGUCAUGCUCAUUGCAGCCAACCAGAUGUUACGUAAGGGUAUGGACUAGUUCCGUCCACUGUGACCCCUGAGUGAUAUUACCUCUGCUCCACUUAUCUAGCCAAACAAGACAUAUCAACAAACAACUAACUACUGUAUGUUGUUGAUGUUUAUUGCUUUACAAUUGGACUUGCAGUGAGCAAGCGUCCCACUGUGCAGAAGACACCAGCCCACUACUCUCUGGAUUUAAUGCACUCUAAAGACUUCUAUGCAUCCAGCUUUAAAGCAUAUAAUGAAGUACUACUUUCUCAGAAGAACUGGAGCCAACACAUAGAUGGAAUAAAAGUCACAAAUUUGACAUGAGCCAACUCUAAGAACAGUUGUUUACCCUCCCUUUAUCUCUCUGACAGGAAGAUACAAGGGCUCCUCACUGGCGCCCCUUUAAUGCAAUAAGAUUUUGGCCCCCUCCUGUAUUUAUGUGUUUCUCUUUCAUCUUCUCAUCGACUCAGAUUCCACCUGAAACAGGAGUCAUGAGGAAGACGCCACUCACCAGUAUCUCCCAUCAAGUUCAGUUCAUUGUCUGUAUUUGCGCAUGUGCAUGGAAACUUGCUUCAGUCCAAAUAACAGCAUUAAGCUUUUGCUACUGAGAGAUUUUUCUUGAUUAAAAAAUGGAGUCACACAAGCUGUAGCAAAGCACAAUGAUUGAAGGACGAUACCAUAUUUUCCAGACAAUAAGUGGCUCUGGAAUAGUGGUGUAGUGGUUAGAACUAUCGCUUCACUGCAAGAAGGUUAUGGGUUUAAACCCAGUGGCCGGCGGGGGCCUUUCUGUGUGAAGUUUGCAUGUUCUCCCCGUGUCUGUGUGGGGUUCCUCUGGGUGCUCCGGUUUCCUCCACAGUCCAAAGACAUGCAGUUAGGUUAACUGAUUACUCUAAAUUGUCCGUAGGUGUGAAUGGCUGUUUCCCAAGCUCGGAAAUGGAAGGGUUGCGGCAGGAAGGGCAUCCGGCAUAAAUCUAUGCUCCAAUGACAGGUGGCUCAAUAGAGUCCACAUGGCAGCUACCCCACACACAUAAGUGGGACAAGCUGGAAGAAAUGAAGUGGCUCUGGAAUAAAAAAAAAGGUAUGUCUAUGAGGAAAUUGUAGAAUUCAAAUUAUAUAUUUGUAUCAUUUAUUUCUGAUACCUGCAGUACGUAGGUGGUCAAGUUAACAAACAGCAGAUGUGUUAUUUUAAUCUUUUUCUAUGCAGUUCAGUUGUUAUUUGAUUUUAAGUCACCAAGAGCACCAACAGUUCAAUGGGAAACCUUCUGCCAGACAAUAUUUAUUUUAUUGUGUCUUUGCAGUCAUGAAGAUUUAGGUCAUACAGGCAACAUGAUUGACAGACAGGCAGAAAUGCUUCCUUAUCCUGAUUGGUUGGAUGUUGGUGAUCCACAUCGUUUGAAUUUUCUCUCAUUUACAGAGAACAAGAGUUUCUUCUCUGAGCAGAUAUUUAAUUGAAUAUGAGGAGAAUUUUAGACAGAUAGAUAUUAGGUGUCUGGGGAACGGGAAGUUUGGGCUUCCAUGCUCAGACUGUUGCCUCUACGGCCCGGCCCCGGAUAAGCGGAAGAAGACGAGACGAGACGAGAUAUUAGUGUCUAGAUUUGCAAAUCCCUGAGCCCACCUUUAACGCAAAACAUCCAGCAACUUGGUAGAGGGCAUUUUAUAGUCUGGAAAAUAUGGUCAAUUAUUAAACACAUUGGUAAUUGCCAAUAUGUGUAAAUGGAAAACUAUGUGUAGCUAUAAUAAAGUUAAUAGCUAUAUUAGUAAUUACUCAUCAUACUUGGAACAAUGUAAAGACAUAUCAGGGGUAAAGUCAUUCAUUCUGAUCAAAACCAAGUAUGAGGUCUUCUAAAGAUCUGAUAACCAUUAUCUGAUUACCAGUACAGCGAUUCACUUCUGCAGAAGUGUCUAUGACAUGUUUUUGGACUGUUUUUGGUCCGUUUUUGAUUAUUCAUUCAGUUCAGACUCAGGCUCAGUCAAUGCAGCAUUUAAUUGCACCUGAAAUAAACUGGUCUGUCUCUUAACCUUGUCUUUUUAUCUCCUGUUAUUAUAUGUAACCCUUUCUCUGU